GCCAUCAACUCUUUCAUCAUCUAAAUCCUCUCUAAGUCUCUUCACUUGCAACCAGCACCCAGCAGCACUGCUCUCUGUUGGAUGCUGUUGCAUUUCUUCAGCUGAUAUAUUUCUGUUCCAUCUCUAGUUUUGGGAGAUGUUUCGCUUAUCUUCAACCUUGAAGAUCGAGGAAGAAGCUAUGGUGGCAAAGACUCAAGGUAUUGGAUCUAUUCUUGGGUCUGAUUCUGAAAAAAGUAAAUCUUGUUCACUGAGAAGAACGCUUUCGGCUGAUAUGUCAAACAAGAAAUGGCCUACACAACAUGGGUUCUCAGCCAUGAAAAAGAUUGCUUCUUCUAAGGAGUUCUCAAUCCCAUCAGAAGGACAAGAGGAGAAUAAAGAGGUUGAUGAAAAGCCUGGCGAAUUCGACAUAUGGAGUUCAAUCAUAUUGCAAAAAGCUCAAGAUGCCAACAAAUCACUUCCUCCUCCUUAUGUUCAUCCUCUUGUGAAAAGAUCAGCCAGUUCUUUGAGCGAAAAGAGCCUUCAAAUUUGCACCGAGAGUCUUGGAUCAGAAACCGGCUCUGAUGGGUUCUCUUCUUACCCAUCGUCGGAGACUGGUGACACCGACGACGACAAAGAGAUGGACCAAGAAGAAGCUCUUCAACAAACGCAACCACAACAGCAGCAAGAGGAAGAGAGAAUGACAGAGAGUAUUUAUGUUGAAGCAGAGAUAGAUACAGUUCCCAAAUACAAAUACCAAAAAUCACCCCAACGAUCAUUUCCUCCUCCAAUUUCUUCUCUUUCUUGUCACGAUGGAGCAUCCAUUCGUAUGCAGUCUCGUCGCGACAAUGGUAGAUUGGUUCUUGAAGCUGUUUCUGUUUCUUCCGCUAACAACUUCCGUGCUCAACGACAUGAUGGCCGCCUUGUGCUCACUUUUGUCAACGCCACUGAAAUGGAAGAUGAAGAAGAAGAGGAAGAGAAGUUUGAAGAAGAGGAGGAGGAGGAGGAGCAUGAGGAGACAGAGGAAGAACUCAGAGGGGGAGAAAUGGAGAUUGAAUUUGUGAUGGACCGUGAAGCGCCAAAAUUGUCAAACAAGAUGCUUAAUCUGCAUAGGUUGACACUGGUGAUGAAUAAUAAGCAAAUGGGUCUGGCAAAAAGAAACCCACCCUGGCCGAACAAGUUCAAUGAAGUGGUCAAAUUUGAUGAGGAGAACGACAUGAAGCCAUCAAUUCUAGCACAAUCACUGCCCUCGCGGGCAACGGUGGCUCGCCUGAUCCCAAAACCAGCGGCGGCGGUAACAGUAGGGGCAGCUUCCGGAGCCACAUUCAAUGCUUAUGAGUACUACUGGAAGCCCAAGCCCUUGGCUGGACCUGCGUUAGUUUCCAAACAAAUGAUGAAUCAACAAAUUCAGCAAAACGGCAAGAUUAUUGUCUCCAGGAAUAAAAAUUCAGUGGAAAAUGAACAGCAACAAAUUCUCCUCUGGAGUGGGAAAAAGGGAGAUUAUUUGGUUCCUUUGACAAAGGCCUGCAAGGAACCUAGAAGAUCUCUUUUGUUCUGGGAACCUAACUGCAUUGCAACUUCCUGAAUCCAAGUCCAAAUCCAUAUUUCUCUCUAUUUUCCUCACGAGUCUGUAUGAACAAAUAAAACAACCAGGAAGGAAUGCACUGUGAUUUAGAAGAUCGAAGAGAAAGAGAGAUAUCUUGACUUAACAGUGUUCUAUAUAUGAUAAAUAUAACAUAAUAUUUAUAUAUAAUUUUCUUUGACUUCUUGUUUGA